GAUCAAGAACAAAAUGUGUAGGUCAUCGAGGCUACCCUGCCAAGUAUCCUGAAAAUACCUUUGUAUCUCUUGAGCAAGCAAUAAAUAUUGGAGCUGAGGGAAUCGAAUCAGAUGUUCGAUUGACGAAAGACGGCCAAGUAAUAAUGAUGCAUGAUACUACACUCGAUAGAACGACUAAUGGCACAGGAAGUGUCGACGAAAGAUAUUGGAAUGGAUAUAUUGAAUAUCUAGUAACUGAAAAUAAUGAAAAGGAAGACAAUAAUAUAAACAUUCUCGACGCGAUCGCCGAUGUAAUAUACGCUAACAAACCUUACAAUUUUCAAUCUCAAAUAUAUCUCGGCGUUUGGACUUACGACUUCUUAAUUAGAGCUCGCAAAGUAUUACCACAUCUUCCAGUCGUAUAUAUAGGGAGCAAUAUUUCGGUUGCUCGUAAUCAAUUUUUCGAUAAAGUUGAAAGCUAUAACAUGGAAUAUACUUAUAUACUCGAAGAUACAACAGGAUUUUUUUCUCAAAUAAGAAAUAAUGGUAGAAAAUUGUUUGUUUGGACAGUGGACGCUGAAAAUGAUAUGAAAAGUUUGUUUUCGUAUGGCGUCGAUGCGAUACUAUCCAAUGAUCCAGUAAAAUGUCUUAGUGUUAGAAAAAAGGUUGAAGGAUUAAAAAUGUAUUGGAAAUCAACUAAAAAAUUUCUGC